AUGGAUGUGCCUGGGAACUGCACACAGACCGGUUUCUGGGAUCGGGUGCUUUACUGCCCUACGGCGACGAACUCGGCCUCUGGAGGUCUCGCUUCUGCUCUCACUGUUGCUUCGGCCACUCUGGGUGCUCAGGUUCUCCUCUUCAUCCUCGUGAGGACGCACUAUACCCGCAUUUAUAGCCCCAAGUCGCACGCGGUCUCUGAGCGCGAGCGUCUUCCCGUUCCUCCUGGAGGCCCGUUCGGCUGGCUCAUUCCCCUAUGGACUACUUCCAGUCGUACAUUGAUCGAGAAAUGCGGUCUUGAUGCUUAUUUCUUCCUCCGCUAUCUCCGGGUCCAGCUCAAGAUCUUUCUUCCGGCGGCAACCUUGAUCUUGCCGAUCUUACUGCCAAUCAACACCACCGCCGGAGGUGACCAAGAUGGUCUCUACCGGCAGUCCUUCUCCAAUGUUCCCGCCACCAAGGCCAAUCGACUAUGGGUUCAUCUCGUCUGUGCUGUCCUCUUCAUCGCAUGGGUCCUGUAUCUCAUGUUCACUGAACUCUCUGGUUACGUGCGCAUUCGACAAACAUACUUGACCAGUCCACAGCACAGAUUGCGAGCCUCUGCAACUACCGUGCUCGUAUCUGGCAUCCCGCCAAAAUGGCAGAGUCUCCCAGCGCUAUACGGCCUGUUCGAUGUUCUUCCCGGAGGCAUUCAUACCGUCUGGAUCAACCGCGACUACUCCGAGUUGGCCGAGAAAGUCAAAGACCGCGGCAUUAUUGUUAAGAGCUUGGAAAAUGCCCAGACGGCUUUGAUUAAGCAGUGCUAUGCGAAGGAGAAGAAGCUUGCGAAGAAGGAAGGUCGCAAACUUAACACAAAGCAACAGUCCGAAGGUGGCAUUAGCUCCGGAGCUCAGGUCGAAACGACGCAUGGAAUGGAGGAUAUAUCCAAACCGCAAAAUACUCAGCAUCCUGGAGCAGGUGGUCUUGAUGGUAUCACUGAUGGGGAAUUGUCGGGCGGGGCAUCUAGAGAGUCCAAGCCCCGGUUCCAGAUGGGAAUUGAGGAACCGCAUUUCCAAAAAGGCUAUUCCAAGGUCCGCCAGAUUCUGGGCCACGAUGACUCGCUCUUCCUCCCUUCUCCUCAGCCGCACGUUGCGGAGAACGAGGAUGAAUUCCCUUUCAUUCCCCGCAAGGAGGAGAAGAAGAGGGAUAAGAAAAACCAAGAAGACAGAAAAGACUAUCCCCGAGCUUUCAACAAAGAUUAUGGCGAGGAUCUGGACGACGACGAGGAUGCAGAGUGGCGCCGCUUCAUCAGUCCUGCCGAUCGAGAGACCAUGCGUCUCCCCAUCUUCAGCUGGCUCCCGAGCCUUCCUUUGAUCGGGAAGAAAGUGGACAAGAUAUACUGGCAACGCCGCGAGCUGGCGCGGCUCAAUCUUGAAAUUGAAACGGAUCAGACCAACGCUGAAAAGUACCCACUCAUGAACUCGGCCUUUAUCCAAUUCAACAACCAGGCUGCUGCUCACAUGUKCUGCCAGUCUCUGAUCCACCAUCUCCCAUCGGCCAUGACCCCGCGCAUUGUUGAGAUAAGCCCUAACGAUGUGAUCUGGGAGAAUCUUUCGAUGACUUGGUGGGAGCGCUACAUCAGGACCAGCGUCACUCUCGUCACCUGCGCCGCGCUCAUCAUUCUGUAUGCCGUCCCGGUCACGUUCACUGGUCUGCUCAGUAACGUCUCUACAUUGGCAAAGAUUGUCCCAUGGCUGGGCUGGUUGGACAGGCUCCCGGCAAAGGUCAAGAACGGGAUCCAAGGUCUGCUGCCCCAGCUCAUCCUGAUCUUGAUUCUUUUGCUUAUUCCGAUCAUUUUCCGGGCUUUAAUCCAUCGACAGGGCGUCGCCACAGGCAGCGCGAAGGAGAAAGGCGUUCAGACUUGGUUCUUCGCUUUCCUGUUCAUUCAGGUCUUCUUCGUGGUCACACUGUCUUCCGGGUUUGUUCCAUUUGGCCGGCAGCUUGCAUCAAAUCCCAGCAGGAUAUUCCAGAGUCUUGCCACAAGUAUCCCGCCGGCCGCCAACUACUACUUCUCCUACUUGACGGUGCAAGCAUUGAACAACUCGGCCAGCAACCUAUUGCAACCUGCAGGGCUAUUAUCAGUGUUCAUCUUGGCGCCACUCCUUGACUCCACACCACGCGACAAGUUCAAACGACAGACCGACCCCAACACCAUUACUUGGGGAUCGUUCUUCCCCCUCUUCACCAACUUUGCGACGAUUGGCAUAAUCUAUUCGAUCACAGCUCCACUUAUUGUGGUUUUCAUGCUGCUGAUCUUUGGCCUCUUCUCCGUGGUAUAUCGAUACAACAUUCUGUUCGUUCACCGAAACCUCAAUGACACAGGCGGGGAGCUGUUUCCAGUGGCUCUCAACCAAAUGUUCACCGGGAUUUACAUCAUGGAGAUUUGUCUCAUCGGCCUCUUCUUUGCCGUCUCCAUCCCAGGAAAACAGUUUGAGUGCCUUCCGCAGGCCAUUAUCAUGAUUAUUGUAUUGAUUGCGACUGUUCUUUACCAAUGGCAAUUGAACGUGGUAUUUGAGCCAUUGUUUCGGUACCUACCCAUCACACUCGAAGACGACGCCGUCAUCCGAGACGAGCAGUGGGCCAAGGCCGAAGCGGAGGGCAAGCACGGCUUACAUCACAACAAUGAAGCACAGCAUGACCUUGGAGACGACUUGUUCGCCAAUUAUGCGGAUGAGCUGGAAGACCUGACACCAGAUGAGCGACAGUUGGCCGUGCGUAGUGCUUUUCAGCCAGAAGCACUUCGCGCCACACGUCCUGUGGUUUGGAUUCCACGCGACCCGCUCGGCGUUAGCGACGACGAGAUCAAGAGAGCUGGGAAGAUGAGCACGGUUGUGGUCGAGGAUACUAAUAAUGGUGUCAGGCAAGAGAAGACCCACAUCUGGAUGAGCAACGAGGGCGCCACAUUAGAUGCUAAUGGGCGUGCGCAAUUCUACGCUCCGCCACCUGACUUCACCAGUCGGGAUCUGAUUGUGCUGUGA